AUGUCCGGCAGCCGAGACCCCAUGGAGGCUGCCAUCCUGCAAGGCAUCGAUGCUCACCCCACCUCUUCCUAUCGUGAGGAUCGUCGAGCUGCACAGGACUCCGACGCCGAUGAUGCUCCCAACACAGAUGACCAGCUCGACUCCGACCUUCCUGACGACGAGCACGACCUAUACUACAACAACGACGACGACGAUCAACAUCAACAUGCUUCCUCCUCGGCAGCCGCUGCUGGAGGCAGUGAGCGAGAGGGAGGUAUCAAGGGUCUCAUGUCCUCGCGCACCGCCAAGCGUGGUGGCGAAGGAGCUUCCAAGACAGGUCCCAAAGGUGUACUGCGCGAUCAACAGCUCAGAGCCCAGCAAGAGAGCGCUGCUCGUUCCGCCGCCGUGCAUGCCACCAACCGCCGCAUGGAAGGCUUAGCCCUGUCUUCAGAAACGUACACGCAGCAAGCUGAGAGGGAGAAGCGAGAGCAAGCUGCCCGACUCCGUCGCGAGAACGCCGAUAGUGAUGAUGACGACGUUGCUGUAAGCCAGGAAGCGAUUGCUGACCUGCAAGCCAAAGAGCGAAGAAGAGAGAUGCGCAUUGCCGAACUCAAAUCCUACAACGCUGCCCGCAACAGUGCACUCGUUUCUGGCAACCCUGCAUCGGCCGUUGGCGCAACCGUCGCUCCUCCCACUGCUGCGGCGGGCAAAGGGGCAAGCAACCGAUGGUUCGGUCAUCUCCGAGAGGUCGACGAGCGUGGCUACGUAUCUGCUAUCGACAUUGAGCAUGCUGAUGUUCCUAUCGUCAUUCACAUCUACUCCAAAGCCGUUGCGCAGUGCAACGUCCUCACAGCCUCGCUAGCUUCUUUGGCGCGGCAAUAUCCACGUACCAAGUUCUUGCAAGUUCAGGCCGCUGCUAUUGGCUUUGGCAAGUCUGCCAACACAGACGAUGGAGAAGAUGACGAGGAAGAGUACGACGAGUACAACCCAAAGACGCUCGAGGUGCUGCCAACUGUGCUGGUCUACAAAGCCGGAACCUUGGUCGCAAACUUGGUCAGAGUGGAUCUGGAUCCCAUGUGGAAGCAUGGCAGAGAGCAGGAUGUGCGCGAUCUUCUGGACUCAUACGAUGCAUUGGCAGGAGCAGUAGGAGCAGCAGGAGCAACGGUAGCGCCGGCCUCGGAUCGCAACGAUCAAGGCGAUGACGAUGAUUGA